AUGGCACCGGUGGAACACGUUGUGGCGGACGCCGGGGCUUUCUUGCGUGAUGCGGCUCUGCAGGACAUCGGGAAGAACAUCUAUACCAUCCGGGAGGUGGUCAGCGAGAUUCGGGACAAGGCCACGCGCAGGCGGCUGGCUGUCUUACCCUACGAGCUGCAUUUCAAGGAGCCCUUCCCGGAGUAUAUUCGGCUGGUGACUGAUUUUUCAAAGAAAACUGGAGACUACCCCAGCCUGUCUGCCACAGACAUCCAAGUGCUGGCGCUCACCUACCAGCUGGAAGCAGAGUUUGUGGGGGUAUCGCACCUAAAACAAGAACCAAAAAAGGUUACAGUCAGCUCAUCUGUUCAGCAUCCAGAAACUCCACUACUCAUUUCUGGUUUCCAUCUCCCCUCAAAGCCUAAACUUCCACGAGAGACAGUAGAUCAUGGACACCCAACCAGUGAGCCUGAGAGUGUAGAAUUCAGUUCCUUCAUGUUCUGGAGAAACCCUUUGCCUGACAUUGAUCGUGAACUCCAGGAGCUGCUGCUUGACAGAGAGGAGAGUGUUUCAGAGGAGGAAGAGGAUACAUUGGAAGAAAGGAAGGGUGAAGACAGUGACAAUGACGAGGGGGGGUGGAUAACCCCCAGCAACAUUAAGCAGAUCCAGCAGCAAUUGGAGCAGUGCCAUGUCCCCAGUGACGUGCGGGUUGGCUGCGUGACCACAGACUUUGCCAUGCAGAAUGUUCUGCUGCAAAUGGGGCUGCACGUGCUGGCGGUGAACGGCAUGCUGAUCCGAGAGGCCCGCACCUAUGUCCUGCGCUGCCACGGCUGCUUCAGGACAACAUCGGACAUGAACCGAGUGUUCUGUUCCCAUUGUGGAAACAAGACCCUGAAGAAAGUGUCUGUCACAGUCAGCGACGAUGGCACCUUGCAUAUGCACUUUUCCCGGAACCCCAAGGUGCUGAACCCUCGAGGCCUCCGGUAUUCACUUCCCACUCCCAAGGGGGGCAAAUACGCUGUCAACCCCCACCUGACUGAGGACCAGCGCUUCCCUCAGCUGCGGCUCUCCCACAAGGCCAGGCAGAAGACCAACGUGUUUGCCCCGGACUACACAGCUGGGGUGUCUCCCUUUGCCGAGAACGACAUCUCUAGCCGGUCAGCUACUUUGCAGAUUCGAGAUGGCUCCAUGGGGGCUGGGAGGAGACGGUUGAAUCCCAAUGCCUCCAGAAAGAAGUUUGUGAAGAAAAGGUGA